AUGGCUAAUUUAAGCGGUUACGACGGUGAUGCGAUCGGAUUCGAAUCAGUCACGCGUUCCAAGAGAAGCGAAACUAGUUGCUCCACACAAACUUCUGAAUUCUGUGAAAGCGGGAUCGGCUCUCAAACAAAUUUCACAAAAGACUGCGGUUCUAUGGUAUCGCCUGAGGACUUGAAUGCUGAAGAUGAUGUUUUAAAAGAAUACCCUCCACCAGGUUUAAAUGCUUUCCUCAAGAGAGUCGUUCCAGGCAUGUUGGAGCAGCUUGACCAAACCGAGAAGGAAGUAUAUGAAUCUUCAGAUUCUGAUGAAGAGGAGGUAGUCACAGCAAAAUUAAUACAAGAGAUAGAAGUCAAUAAAGACACACCUUGCUUAGGUAGUGGUGACCAUAAGACCGCGUCGAUCCUAUCUUUAUCUUGGAGUAGUGCUGGUAACACUUUAGCAGUUUCCUUUGGACAGGCGCAACAUGAAAAAUGGUGCGAACAUGAAGGUCUAAUAAGAGUUUACACUAUGAAGCGUACUGCAGGAGACAAAUUUGUGCACUCUAUGGAUAUUUCUGAGAAGAAUUGCGUAACGGUGCUCAAGUACCAUCCGUCUGUAGCGGCGUUGUUAGCUUAUGCGACAACUUCUGGGGAAGUUGUGUUGUGCAAUCUUAGGGAUACGCUGAAUUUGAAUGAAGGAGCGCAGCUAACUUCCCCUGUGGGAUGUCAUGGCUCCCGACCGGUUUCCGCUCUGCAUUGGGCUGAGCCAGCAUUAGCUAACCAGUUCUUAACUAUGCAGAUACAAAAUACUGGUAAGCGACGCAGCGCUUCUGAUCAAAUUUUGAUAUCUGCUGGUUCCGAUGGUACGGUGAAUGUUUGGCAAGUGAAUUCCAAUCUUAAAAUCUUUGAGAAUGUGGUAUGCUACUCGAUAAAUGGAUCGAAGAAGCUCGCAGCUCCUGACAUAAGCUGCUUCGAUUUCAUUAAGAGUUGUCCAUUACGCCCUUUUGAUGAGAAAGUGGCGGAUGAUAUUUUUGUGGUGGGAACGAAAACAGGGAACCUGUUUUUGUGCAGAGUGAAGAAUGCUCAGCAAAUGACCGACGUCAAAAUGGCGGACCCCGUGUAUGAUGUUUUAGAUGGACAUGGCACUUGCGUACUGGACAUAGCGUUCAGUUUUCAAAAACCAGGGGUGAUUUGUCUUGACGUGUCAGUAUCAUGUAUGUCGUGGCUCCCUCACACACCGUGUGUGUUAGUGCUGGGUUUGUCCGGUCACAAGUCACCGGUACGGUUGUACGACGCGGCGGCCGGUCGACUGUUGCCGGUGGAUGGGUUCACUGCCGCCGAAACGGUUACUGCUAUAGCCGUCAACCAGAGUGGGUUAGUAUAA